AUGGAUCACCUAACUCACGGACGCCCUCCGCCACCGCCGUUCGGCGGCGGCAGAGAUCUCCAGCUCCACCACCGCUUUGGCCCCGACGACGGGCACUCCGCCAACGACGACGUCAAACUAGACCGGGACCUCCCCGCUCAUACAUCUGAAGCCAAGGGCUCGUCGUCGGCCGAGGCCGCCACGCGCCGGCCUCGCGGCCGGCCUGCGGGAUCCAAGAACAAGCCGAAGCCACCAAUCAUCGUCACUCGGGACAGCGCUAACGCCCUCCGAUCCCAUGUCAUGGAGGUCGCUGCCGGCUGCGACGUCCGCGGGAGCAUCUCCGACUUCGCCGCCCGACGCCAGCGCGGCGUCUGCGUCCUCAGCGCCGCCGGAUCUGUCGCCGACGUCGCACUCCGGCAGCCGGACGGAUCCGCCGUCGUCAGCCUCCGCGGCCGGUUCGAGAUCCUGUCCCUGUCCGGAUCGUUCCUGCCGCCGCCGGCGCCUCCGGCGGCGUCUUCGCUGACAGUUUACCUCGCCGGCGGUCAGGGGCAGGUGCUGGGAGGGUCGGUGGUGGGACCCCUCGUGGCGUCCGGGCCAGUGGUGGUGAUGGCGGCGUCGUUUGGGAACGCGGCUUACGAGCGGCUGCCGCUGGAGGAAGGGGAGGAGGGGCGGCUGUCCGGCGGCGGGCAGAUGGGGCAGCUGCCCGGCACGGCCGGGCAGCAGACGGUGGGAGAGUAUCAAGGGAUGGGACAGCUCCCGGCGGAGGCUUACUGGGGAACAAAUAGGCCGCCUUUCUGA